GAUUUUAAUAUUGGUUUUACUCCCUAUCACAAUGAUGAAAAAAUUAUCUUAAAUAAACAUUUUACACUCUAUAGAUUGCGGAAAUUACAUGAAAUAUCGUUCAUUCAAUGGAAUCAAUUACAAGAAUGACUAAUUUUUUUAAGGUUCCUCAGAAUUUGUUGAUUAUUAUGAUGAGUAAUAGUCUGUAAAAGUAAGAAAGACUGUUGAUUAAGAAUUGUAUAUGACUUAGAGAUUAGGAUUAAAUUUUUUUUACAAACUUCCGUUAAACAAGGAUUCACCAGAAACUUAAAAUUAUAUAUUGACACUCUAUUUUGCUGAACUACAAUAUUAAGAAAGUAAUGCUCGAAUUUUUGAAGUAUUUUUUGGAAAUAAAUUAGUUAUUGAAAAUCUUGACAUCUAUGAAACAGUUGGGAUGUAAACUGCGUAUUCAAUAGAUUUAAGUUUUCAAAAAAUUGGAUAAUAAAUUUUAUAUAAAGGUGAGUAAAUUAAUGGAGCACUCAGUAAAAAUUAAGAACUUAUAAUCAGAUUUAAAGCAAUUAAAAGUUAAGCAGCAAUUGCUGGAAUCAUGUUAAAAAUUGGAGAUAAUGAAAUUGAAAUAGCAAAUAAUGAAACUCCAAGAAAUACUUUAAAGGUAAUGGAUGGGUUUAAGAGACUAUCUGAUGAAAGUUUGAAAAUUAUUGAAUCAGAAGUUAAAGAGAAAUAAAAAGAUCUUUAAAAAAUUCAUGCAGAACUUGAUGAUCCUAAUAAUAGAAGAGGCUUAAAAAAGGAAAUAAAAUUAGUUGAAUUUUCAAUAAAAUUAUUAAUUUUAUUAUCUAGAUCACCCUUUGGAAUUGUACUUGCAAGUAGUUUUUUUGGAAUAAGCUUAAUAGCAUUGUUUUAAUUGUUUUAUAAUGACAAAUAAAAAAUCACAGAACUUAGCAAGACUAAAAUUUAAAAACAAAAUUGA